UCUCUCUCCGUUCCUCUGCGGCUGGUAACGGUAGCGCAAGACAGUACAGGCAGCCCGUAAUCCCCGCUGCCCGUGAUUUAGCCCGAGCCCGCAUAAUGCUCCUAAACCCCCAGCUGCUACCCUGGCCACUUGCUCCCCGCGACAGACUGCGAACAGUUCGCGUUAUUAAUAAUUCAACCAACUCGACGCUUCCACGAGACCACGACCGGCUGAUCGCUCUGACCGGCCCCGACGCUAAUAAGGCUAUACAACUGCCAUCAUUCUUAUUCCAUUUUAAAGGGACAUUAACCUCAUUUUGUGUAGCUGAUUUUGGGGAAUAAACCGCUAUCAGUAUUGAUAUUGGAACGUAGGCUACGGCUAUCGCAUCAGUAGGCAGCAUUUUACACGAGGAUUUCUCGACAGGUCUUUGUUGCUGCGGUGUAGGCAUUUUGGUAUCUCGGCAAUGCAAUAACGAUUUUGAAGACGUCUCUUUCAUCUCGUACGCUUUGAGGAGGAGGAGGCGUGGGACCAGGGGACUCUCCGAUUGUGGAUCAAGAGUGAGAGAGGGGGACAAGGGGAAAGCAGAACGAGAAGACAGACAGUUGGAGGAAGAGAUUGGGGUGUUAGUUUGGAUACACAUUUUGGAAACGGGAGCAGAGAGCUGUUAUUUUGAAGGUGGAGAAAAUACAUAAACACAAACUUACUUUCUAUCUUAUCUCCGUCCACACAGUAGUUUACCUAUUUGUGAGACGUUUGUUGGUGGUUCGGCGUCUCUCUCACGUCACUGAUUAGUUGCAGAACUUUCUUUCACUGCUCGGUGUUGAAGGCACAGAACUUGGACUCGAACAUCUCCCGAACUUCUUGGCCCGUCGACGAGCGUUGACGAUGGAUGCAACUUGUGCUAACAAGUGAAAAGAAGAAUCCAGAAUCACUAGGGGAAGUAGGGAGUCUGCUGCUACGCUGUCCUUCCUUUCCUUUUCUCUCGCAGAAGAGAAGACUAACUUUUUCAAAGACCGUUUUCUGGGCCACAGGCCGACUUGUUUAAAGGACUUGUUUUUGCUUCCGGUAACACCGAAGAAAAAACAGAGUCGCGCUCUCUCGCCCUCUUCUCUCCCUCUCGCUCUCUCUCACUUUUUUUGGAAGCAGAAUUUUUAAAGUAAAAUGGGUCUUUGAGAGAAUUGGCACAUCUCCCUGCGCUAUAAUGGCCACUGACACGUACCUGGUGAAUGAAGACCCUUCGAGAGGCCCCGGGAUGCCCGAGUGUUUUCUCGUGUCUGAUUCCUACAGGGAUGAAUUCCACCCGUUCAUCGAGGCCCUGCUGCCCCACGUCCGAGCCUUCUCCUACACAUGGUUCAACCUGCAGGCCCGCAAGCGCAAGUACUUCAAGAAGCACGAGAAGAAGAUGUCCAAGGAGGAAGAGCGCGCAGUCAAAGAUGAACUGCUGGGAGAAAAAUCAGAGAUCAAACAGAAAUGGGCGUCGAGGCUCCUUGCCAAGCUCCGCAAGGACAUCCGGCCAGAGUUCCGGGAGGACUUUGUCCUCACCAUCACUGGGAAGAAAGCCCCCUGCUGCGUCCUCUCCAACCCCGACCAGAAGGGUAAGAUCAGGAGGAUCGACUGUCUGCGCCAGGCUGACAAGGUGUGGAGGCUGGACCUGGUGAUGGUCAUCCUGUUCAAGGGCAGCCCCCUGGAGAGUACGGACGGAGAGCGUCUGGCCAAGUCGCCCCAGUGCUCCAACCACGGCCUGUGUGUCCAGCCGCAUCACAUCGGGGUCUCCGUCAAAGAGCUGGAUCUCUACCUGGCCUACUUCGUCCAGGCACCAGAAUCUGGACAAUCAGACAGCUCCAGCCAACAAGGAGACACAGACAUCAAGCCACCGCCCAAUGGGCACCUGAGUUUCCAGGACUGCUUCGUCACCUCAGGAGUGUGGAACGUGGCUGAGCUCGUCAGGGUGUCACAGACUCCUGUAGCCACAGCGUCUGGUCCUAACUUCUCCCUGGCUGACCUGGAGAGUCCUGGCUACUACAACAUCAACCAGGUGGCUCUGGGGCGACGCUCCUCGCAUCCCCCUUCCACCAGCUCUAACAAGAGGAAGUCGUUAGACGACAGUGAGCUGGAGAGCCCCACGGACGACGCCUACCCCGGACGCUCCCCAGCCGCAGGCUCCUCCCAGUCCAGCGGCUGGCCCAACGACAUGGAUGCAGGUGGAGACCUUCAUUCCCAUCCCCAAGCUCACACCAUGUUGACCGUCACCUGAUAAUGCAGCACCAUUUGGCCAGUGUGCAGGAGAGGAAGAUAAAACAUGAACAUGAUGGAGUGCAGUUU